CGACGACGACGCCAAAACACCCACGAGCCCGCACAAGGCCAGCACUCACGUCGCAUCCGGAUCGCAUUAAUCUGCCGAAAAGCAUCUACAAGAUGGUACCGAAGCCUCAGGGAACCGCCGUUCAGUCGGCCACGCACCGACCCCUCCCGCCGCUACCAAAACUCCGCGUCCGACGACCGAACAAGCCAGAGGCAAACCCAUGUCUGGGAGCAAUGUCAUCAGUUUUGGGAUGCUGGGCGUCUUCCGGCUACAGUGUACAGGGCUGUGCGCAGCUUGAGCAGAAAUUACGGCAGUGUAUGGAUGCGCCACGAGACCACAACCAGAAGAAGAACAACAUCAACUACCACCUCUCGAGAAUGUACCCUAAGAUCGUCGGCCCCCACAAGCGGGACUAGAUCAUGCGCCCUUGUCUUUGUAUAUUAUGUAUACCCACGAAACAGCAUCAUGGGGGAGUUAAGUCGUUGGCAUCAUCGACAGGCGUUAUGGUUACGAUCGUUGUAUACAAACGAAUCUAGUAAGAGUGGGCAUUUGCAUAUGGGCCGACGAUAUCAAAGUGCAACAAGUCUCGACCAGCUCUGUUACGUACAGACAUGUCAGAUGUAAGGGAGGAAUCAGGCCAUGAGCGGGCCAGUAGCUGUCCGAGCGAAGACUGCAGGACAGCCCUUCACGCACGACCACGCAUGCUUUGUCUGCUGGCUUCAUGUUUCAGUACGGUCCAUCAUUCUAGACCAACUCCCACUCAAGGCCAUAGCAACUACCAGUCUUGCAAACCACAUCUGCCGAAGCAGGCAGUGCAUACUACUCCCCACGUUCACCCACGUGUGAGACUGCCUUUGUAUGUUUCAUCGCUCUCGCAGGCCGCCUGAU